AUGAGCGCCAUGGUCGGCACGCUGCCGGACGCCUUCACCAAGGAGUUCUUGUCUCUGACGGACCACCUCCCUGUGAGCACCGUCCAGGAGGUCUAUCGGACUGUGCAGCGGACGUUUAACCAAGCUCCCAAGGACAUCUUCUGCGAGUUCGACCCAGAACCCCUUGCUUCGGCGUCCAUCGCCCAAGUCCACCGUGCCCGGCUGCGGAGCACUCGGGAGAUUGUGGCCGUGAAGGUGCAGCAUGACGGCGUCGACCGGAUCUUCCUCGAAGACAUCGAGACCCUCACGGCCGUGGCCGAACAGCUCGCGGCCUGGUGGCCGGAUCUGGACUUCCGGAAGUUUGCGGAGGAGUGGCGGGAGUCUCUGCCCCGGGAGCUGGACUUCAUGCACGAGCGCUCCGCGCUGGAGCGCGCGGGCCGGGCCCUUCGCGAGGCCGGCAACUGCUGCAUCGUGCCCAAGGUGCAUCCAAAGCUCUGCGGGCCGCACGUCUUCGUCAUGGAGUUCAUCGAGGCGGGUCCCAUUUUGGACCUUGGCGACCAGGAGUUCUGUGAGAAGAACAAGGUGGACAAGCACAGGGUCCUCACUGAGCUCAUCCACGCCUUUGGAAUCAUGGCCUUUCGAGACGGCAUGUUCCACGCAGACCCCCACGCUGGGAACGUGCGGCUGAAGCUGGAUGCCUCGACGCCCGGCGGGGCCAGGCCCGUUCUCCUUGACUGGGGCCUCAUACGGGAGAUUACGGACGAGGAGCGCUUGGGCCUGGCAAAGGUUUUCCACUCCCUGGCCAACUUCGACAUCGCCGGGCUCUUCGAUGUCCUGGAGUCCUUGGGCUUCAGCCUGAAGUCGGAGCUCGUGAACGACGCCUUCAAGCGCGACCUCAUCGAUAAAGCCCGGGGCGUGGUCAAAGACACCAUCAACAAGCACAAAACGCGUGAGAACGCCAAGGAGCUUGGGCUUAGAUGGGUUGCAAAGCCCUUCCGUCGGAAGUCUUGGUGUGGAAUCUCCACGCUCUAA